AUGCCAAAGUUAGGAUAUGUACGAACUGAAAAGCCUGUUCUUGAAGCAUCCUAUCAAGUUGCGUAUCAGAUGGCCAACGCGAAAAAACCUUAUACAAUCGCUGAAGAGUUAGUGAAGCCAUGUAUCCUUGAAGUUGUUAAGACCAUUCUGGGGAAAGAUGAGGAAAGGAAGGUGCAACAAGUACCAAUGUCUAACAAUGUCAUCAGGAACAGAAUAAUUGAUAUGAGCGAGGACAUCUUGGAACAGGUGAUUACUGAUAUCAAGGCGACUCUUGCAAAAAUAUCAUUGCAAUUGAAUGAAUCUACAGAUAUCUCCCAUUGUAGCCAACUGAUUGCUCUUGUUCGUUAUGUCAAGAAUGAAGAAGUACUAGAACACAUUCUAUUUUGUGAAUCACUAAAGACCACCACAAAAGGCCAGAACGUGUUCGACCUCAUAAAAGAAUUUUUCUUAAAACAUGGAUUGGAUAUGAACAUCGUUGGUUCCAUAUGUACAGGUGGCGCUCCUGCUAUGCUAGGAAAUCGGUCUGGAUUUGCAGCCCUCAUGAAACGGAAAAUUCCCGAGGUCCGUGUCACACACUGCAUGCUUCAUCGGUAUGCAUUAGCAACGAAGACUUUACCAAAAAGUCUGCAAGACGUUUUGUCAACAUGUGUGAAAAUUGUUAACGUAAUUGGAGGACGUUCACUGAGCCAUCGUUUAUUUCAAGCAUUUUGUGAAAGUAUGGAUUCUGAACACACGGUUCUACUGUACCACACGGAGGUGAGAUGGAUAUCCCGUGGACGUGUCUUGCAGCGUAUAAUUGAGCUUCGCGAGGAGAUCAAGACAUUUUUAAAGGAUCAAAAGUUGGAUCUCUUUUCUUCAUUUGAUUCCCCAAAUGUUCGAAGUGAAGACUUUGGAAAAUUUUUGGGCAUCACAAUAACAAGAUUCCCAUGCAUUUCCAAGAAAGCACUUACUGUACUUGUUCCCUUCGCAACAACAUAUCUUUUCUUUCGACUCUUCUUCAUGUAA